CGCACGUCAAGGUGACGUCGGACGUAAAGACGAAGUGACGUAGCUUCCGUUCCCUACAUUUCCGCUUUGCACAUGUGUUUACUUAAAAUGUGGAUAACCUAGCUGAAGAAAUUAAUAUUAUCAGCUUUUACAGGCUAGCUGUUUGUGCGCCAGUUGAAACAUGGGGAAGCUGAAUGUCGUGGUGCUGAGAUACUUAUCUCGCGAUGACUUUCGAGUCCUCACAGCGGUUGAGAUGGGAAUGAAGAACCAUGAGAUUGUUCCAGUGAGCCUGCUGUCCUCCAUUGCUAGCCUGAAACAUGGCGGCUGCAACAAGAUCCUCAGAGAGCUUGUCAAACACAAACUUGUAGUUUAUGAACGCACCAAGACUGUGCAGGGCUACAGGUUGAACUAUGGAGGAUACGACUACCUGGCGCUAAAGACCUUGUGUUCCAGAGAAGUGAUCAUUUCAGUUGGCAACCAGAUGGGAGUAGGUAAAGAGUCAGAUAUAUAUAUUGUGGCAAGUCCCAGUGGGGAGCAGUAUGUUCUGAAGCUUCAUAGAUUGGGUCGUACCUCCUUUAGGAACCUAAAGAACAAGAGAGAUUAUCACAAACACAGGAAAAACAUGUCCUGGCUCUACCUCUCGCGACUGUCUGCCACGAAAGAGUUUGCUUACAUGAAGGCAUUGUAUGACCGAGGCUUUCCUGUUCCCAAACCUGUGGAUUAUAACAGACAUGCUGUAGUGAUGGAGCUCAUCAAUGGAUAUCCACUGUGUCAGGUGCGUGAGCUGCAGGAUCCACCAGCCCUGUACAAUGAGUUAAUGGAGCUCAUAGUCAAACUAGCCGAUCACGGCCUGAUUCACGGGGACUUUAACGAGUUCAACCUCAUGUUGGAUGACCAGGACCGUGCAACUAUGAUCGACUUCCCUCAAAUGGUGUCCACCUCACACCCUAAUGCUGAAUGGUAUUUUGACCGAGACGUCAAAUGUAUCCGAGAUUUCUUCACCAAACGAUUCAGUUAUGAGAGCGAGCUCUUUCCAACCUUCAGAGACAUCAGGCGGUCUUAUUCUGUAGAUGUUGAAGUCUCUGCUAGUGGCUUCACCAAAGAUCUGGAGAGAGACAGCGCAUUGCUGCACCCAGCUGGACCUGAGGAAGAUGAUGAAGAAGAGUGUAGUGAUGGAGAGGCAGCAGAUGAGGAAGUACAAAUAGAAGAUGAGAGUGUAGACAUGGAGGAAUAUAAACAUGCAAUACUGGAACUGGAGGGUCUGAGUGUCAGCGACACACAUGCAGACACACAGGAUGAGGGGGAGGCAAUGAAUGAAAAUGGGGGAGAAAAGAAAGAGACUGGGGCAGCACCUACAGCUACAACUAGUGGAGACCCAGAGACGGGCUCAGAGGAAGAGUUUAAGCAAGCAGAGGAUGAGUGUCCUGAGCUGGCGGACCUUUCCGCCUCCAACAAAGGGUUCAAACCCUUCAGAGACUCAGACAGUCUUCUACACAUGGCAGAACACGGGAGGAGGAGGACAGACAGUGAGGCCACAGCGGGAAGUGUAGGGAGCUGCUCUACCAUACCACCAGAGGUCGUCCGUCAGAAGGUGCGUAGGCAGCUCACCAAACAGCAGAAGGCAGCACAGAGGAGACGUCUGCAGAAGGGAGAGGCCAAUCUUGUGACCAAAUCCAAGAGGGAGAACCUAAAUAACAUUAAGUCCAGUAUGGAGAGCGCCCACUUCUGGGGAUAAAUGGGACUGCUGUGAUGGAGAAACAGAACUCAUGUCAGCGUGCUUUCUGUUUGGUUAACAUGCAUCCUGCAUUGUUCUUCUGCUACUUUGUCCAAACUCAGCUCUUUUCUAUUUGAAAUGCCAUGGUUUACAUAAAGUCUAAUGUAAAUAUGAACUGGUUAUUAUCAUCAAGCCUGAUUGACAAUUAAAUUGUUUAUACAUCU